CUCUGGAGUCGUGAGUGAGGUUGUGGCCGUCCCAGCUCCGCUCCCUUCCACGGGCUGCACAGCUGAAGACGCGGCUCUGGACAGGCUGGUUUGCUGCCAUGAUCCCUAGGCUACUCCCACUGCUCUGUCUCAGACUGUGCGCUGGCCAAGGAAGCAGAGGGACUGAUGAGCCCCUUCCCAAGCCCACCCUCAGGGCCUGGCCCAGCUGGGUGGUGCCUCCCAGAAGCAGUGUAAGGCUGCGAUGUCAAACCCCGACCAAGAAUGUCAACUUUGCUCUCAGGAAGGGAAACACUCUUUUGGAUUUUUCACGAUCACCGACUUCCAAGGAGGGCUUGGCUGAAUUUCACCUCACUGACCUAAGAAGCAGCCAUGCUGGAGACUACAGCUGUGAGUGCUACAGACCAGGGGCCCCGGACAUAAGAUCACCGCCCAGUGAGGUCAUCCUGCUGCUGGUGACAGGAGGUCUCCCUAAACCUUCCCUGCAAGCCCACCAAAGGGGUGUGGUGACCGCAGGAGACGACGUGACCCUGCAGUGCCAGAGGCCAGACAAUGUUUUCGGGCCCAUGAGGUUCGCCCUGCUGAAGGCGGGAGUGGCAGAGCCCAUCCGGCUCCGGACCCCAGCCGGCAAGGAGGCAGACUUCUCCCUGCAGACUGUGACAGUCGGUGACGCCGGGAACUACAGCUGUGUCUACUUCCAGACCAGGACUCCUUUCUGGGCCUCACAGCCUAGCGAUCGUCUCGAGAUCUGGGUGAGAGUCCCCCCAGGUGCCAUAUCGAGGGACUACACCACGGGCAACCUCAUCCGCCUGGGUCUGGCUGCCCUAGUUGUGGUUAUUAUGGGCGCUCUCUUGCUGGAAGCCUGGUGCAGCCAGAAGGAGUCUCCACGUGGAUCCAUGUAGAACAGCUGAGCACUUGUCUUGUUCAUGGGCUGGUCUGUACUACCCACAUGACCCAGGGCUUCCCAGGGAAUGACGAGUGCAGAUGGAGAGACCUGCCGAUCCUUAACAGUCCUGUGGAACCUACAUUCUUAGCUCUAUGAAGAACUACUGAAGGACGAGGCUUACCUCUUGCCAUAGCUUUGCCUGAGGCAGAGCACAGAAUGGAUCUUAAAGACACACUCAAAAAAAAUUGGAUGAUUUGAAAAAAAUACUUAAAACUUCAGAGUCUGGCUGGGUAGCACGUGCAGCUACCUCCAUAGGAACUGUGAUGCCAUUGAUAUUUAGGGAAAACACUGCUUCCGGCAUAUUAUCGACCCCCCUCCAUUCUCUAUUUUGUACUUCGGGACCAGCAAUUAGUCAAGUGUGAAACUUUUUUUAUUCUAUGUGUCUUUUCAAUUUUAUUUCAUAGAUUCUCCACAUUUUGCCUAAUUUUGGGAGGCUCCCUCUCAACUUCAUAGCAUCAAGUUGCUUCUGAGUUGUACCCAGGAUUUCUUUGUCGUCUGGUGCAGGUGUAAAAAGGUUAUCCACAAUAUUUUCACCUUCACAAUCUGUUGCUGUUUGUUCAUAAUCCUGUUCUUUGUCACAAAUACUCAUUCUUAUUUUAGAACUAUUGUCUCCUCUCUUAAAACCCAGGAGAUACGCUUAUAAAAAUCCAGUUCUGGGGUCACCUGGGUGGCUCCGGCAGGCGUCUUGACUGUUGACUGCGGUUCAGGUCAUGAUAUCAGGAUCAUAAGAUCAAGUCCCACACCGGGCUCUGCACUGAGCGUGUAGCCUGCUUAAGUUUCUCUCUUUGUCCCCCUCUGCCCAUCUCCCCCAUGUGCUUUCUCUCUUUUUCUCUCA